GCCGCUUCGGAUCCGGCAGACUGCGCUUGGCUGCGGCGGGAUCCCGAGCCGGGGUUGGAGAAGCCGUUACCCGCGGCCUCCGGGCCCAGUCGACUGUCGGCAGCGGCGGCCGCCAUGAGCACCGCGGCGGCCUCGGAGCGGGGGGAAGCUUCCGCCUCGUCGACGACCUUGCCCCCCUCAGCUGAGGUGGAGGAGGAGGAGGAGGGAGGCGGCCACGGGGAGCCCCAGAUGAGGGCGGAGGAGGAGGAGGAGGCGGAAGAAGAGGAGCGCGAGGCUCGCCAGUUCGCCCUCUACCUGGCCCCUGAGGCGGGGCGCGAGGAGGUGAAAGAAAUAGAGGAGUCUAUAGAAGAGAUGUUAAUAAGACUGGAUGAGUUCUGUGGCAUGACUGAUCUGAUUAGAAGCAGUACAUCCCAACUCCUGGAUGAGGCAAUUCCACUAAUUAAAGCCAAGGUGAUAGAAAUGAACAACAUCUAUACUAAAGUGGAUAAGCUAGAGGUAUUUGUGAAAAUGGCAGGACACCAUGUCUCUUUCCUAGAAGAACAAGUCCUCGAGGCAGAAAAGGCUCAUGCCAUCUUUCCCUACACUGUGCAGAAGCUGUUUGGCUCAGUAGCUAUACCUUCAUUUAAAAAAAAACAUGCCACAGCUUCACAGCACACUUACAGCCUGCCAGAACUCUACAGAACUGAAGAUUAUUUUCCUAUCAAAUAUAUAGGCAGCAAGUACCAGAACCACUAAGGCUGCCUUUAAUUGUCUCUAGCAUUUGAGAGAACUUGAUCUGAACAGCUACAGGGAUAAAGUAAAAUAGAUGUUAGACCAAAGAAGGGAAGAGUGGUAAUAUUUCUGCUUUUUUAUCUUUCCCAUAAGGGAGAAACUAAUCCCCAGAUUUGCUCGUUUUCAAGUAUUGAUGGUCCUUGCGCUAUGACAAAGACUUUAUACACUCUUGUUGCUUUGCUUCCAUGAGACAGGUUUAUGUAAACAAAGCAGGAAUAGCACAUUUAAGAUGUCAAAAUUGGAUGAAACUUACCUUAAGUACCAUGGAUUGCAGCAAGAAGCUAUUUUCCUACUCUGUGCCUAACUGCUACAAUCUUUCAUUUAUACCAAGGCUGCUGCAGUGUAGAAAUCCUAUUUUGAAAGUUGCCUAAAGUGGCACAAUCUUACUUACCGCCCCCCUCCAAAUAGCACAUAUAUUCAAAAUUCUUCUGAAAUGUAACUUGAAUGGUUUAGUUCUGGAAAAUGCUUGUUAUUGAACCAGAGCAUGUUCAAAACAAGCAAAUUAAAAUACAUCAUACGCACUAAAGAGA